CCGGUUCUUGACUAAAAUCCAAACGCGCGCGUCUCAAGGCUCAACCUUUCCUCCAUUUUCCAAGCACUCGCUUCCAAAACCCGGCGUGAGCUUUAGAUCUUGGACCCAUUCUCACUUGGGUUCGUUCCCUUUUGGCAAUUGCUAUAACCUCUGGGUUGGUUUGGUUUAAUUCUCACUCCAAAAACAGAUAAAAAAUUAGGUCUUUUUUAUUAAUCAAACACUUGUAUUGCAGGGUACGCGUUUUCAAACACUUCUGGGGGGUCUAAAUUAGUUUGCAAGUACUAGAACACGUUUUUUGAACUUUACUCAUUUGCCUUUUCAACUCUGUUUAUUAAAGACAAGAUCAAAGUUCUGAGCUUGGUUUGCUCUGGCUUGCCUCUGUUUGCUUUCAAGCUCGUGAAAAUUUUGAUUGGGUUUGCGUCGAUCGUGACAAAAAUGAACAAGAAGUGGAAGUUCAGUAGGUUGAAGGACCGUUUGGGGAUGCUGGGUAUGGUGGUGGUCUGCUUGUUGAUUCAGAAUUUGAGUUUUUGUUGGUCUUUGAAUGAUGAAGGUUUGGCGCUAUUGAGGUUUAGAGAUAGAGUAGUCAGUGACCCGUUUGGUGCUUUGUCGAAUUGGAACGAUGAUGAUGGAGAGGUUGACCCUUGCUCAUGGUUCGGGGUCGAGUGUGCAGAUGGAAAAGUUGUGGUGUUGAACUUAAAAGAUCUUUGUCUUGGUGGAACGUUAACACCUGAGCUCAGGAACCUUGUCCAUAUAAAGUCUAUCUUCGUCUUCCUCGUUCUCUCUCUCUUUUGCGGUCGUACUUUUCUCACCGACGGCAAAAUGUUCUACUCGCACCAGCUACUAGCUCGUAAAGCUUCUCUGGGCCAAAUCUGGAUGGCGGCGACAAUGCACGCCAAAAUCAACCGGAGGAAGCUCGAUAAGCUCGAUAUCAUCAAGAUCUGCGAGGAGAUUUUGAAUCCUUCAGUUCCCAUGGCUCUCAGACUCUCCGGCAUUCUCAUGGGUGGAGUCGUCAUCGUGUACGAACGAAAAGUUAAACUACUCUACGAUGACGUGACUCGUCUUCUGGUCGAAAUAAACGAAGCAUGGAAGGCGAAAUCUGUUGCCGACCCCACUGUCCUCCCCAAAGGGAAAUCUCAAGCCAGGAAAGAAGCUGUAACUCUGCCUGAGAAUGAAGACAUAUAUAUUGAAGGAAUGCUUAAUCUUUCCAACGGGGCCACCACCAUGUUCCAGCAAACCUCCUAUUUUGCUAUGCGACUUGAUAGCGUGGACGAACAGUAUGUUAACAAUGAUGCAGGGGAGGAAGAUCCACCUCAGCAGUUCCAUCAAGCUGAGGCCGAGAAUAUCACCUUACCUGAACGUUUUGACUCAUGUCAGGCUGAUGCAUAUUUGUACAGUCGCUUGGAGAGAUUUGACAUUGAAGGGGAUGAGGAGACACAGUUGAACUUCACGUCAGGAGAGCACACACAGAUUCACAUUCCUCCUUCCCCUCCUCGAGAUGAACAUCAAAAGGCUGAUACAAUCCAAGAUGAUCAACAUCCAGAACGACAGGUCAAUCAGCCAGAGGAAUGCCAGGAAUUUAGACAGAAAGUGGGGAUGAAGCAGGUUCAAGAGAGACAGGGGCCUAUAAGAAGGAAAACAAGAAGAACGCAAGCCUCUGCAAUGGAUUUUGAACAAACAAUCAUUCCUGGUCAUUUAUACCAAUCUUGGCUUCAAAAUUCUUCAGACAUAGUUUCGAGAAGAGGAAGAAAACGAAAGCGGACAGAUGUAAUGGCAACUAUGAAGAUAGUUAACCUCAUGGAGCUGCCACCCAUUGUAAUAAUUGGUGAUUUAUUUACAACUGGAAGUAGAGACAUAUAUUAUCCACGUCCUCUCCUCGACCUGUGGAUGAAAAGUACCCGAACUCCCCGUGCCUCCCCUUCUGAACGGAACACCCCACCCCUGCCCCCAGAACCAUCGUCAUCAACACCGCCUGGAAGACAACAAUAUGAAGAUCCAGUAGGAUAUCCUUUUGAAGAUUUUCAUAGUGGAGUUGGCUCCCAGUCCUUAGAGCCUUCCAUAGAUAAGCAACGACGACAUUCUGGUAUGACAAGAGGCAACAGUGACCCAGCACAGGUAGUCCUGGAAGGACUGACAGCCAAACUUGAGAACAAUGGUUUAGGGGGAACUGAUGCUAACCCAAUGGCAACCCCUGGAAAUUCUGAUGAUGUAAGAUCCAUCCCGAGCUCAGCAUCUGGGCAGGCAAUUCCUUCAGAAGCCAAUUCAGGAAGAUCCAACCGGAAAAGGCCUUAUUCUGCAUCUGGACAUAGCAGUGUUAGACUUGAACCUGUAUUUGAGGUGAAUCACCCUGAUGUAAAUUUCGAGUUGUCAAGGUUACAUGAACAUGGCCCGACAUCAGAGCCAGAUUUCUUUGUGGAAACUGGACCAACACAAACCCAAAAACCAAUCAACGAUCAGCCUCUUGACAAAACAACUGAUUCUAUUAGAAGGUUAUUGAAAUCACAUUUCGACACAGCGGGAGCCCUUCAAGUAGAAUCCCUGGACCACCUAACUGCUGGAAGGACUCGAAAAGAAGCAGCUGUCUUCUUUUAUAAGACUUGUGUUCUUGCUACCCACGAUGCCAUAAGAGUUGAACAAAAGGUCGCUUAUGGAGAAAUUCUUAUAUCUAGAGGACCAAAAAUGGGAUAAUUGGUGAGACCGCCUAAACUUAUUCCCUUACCCUACACAGUAUCCUGACAUGCUUAAGACACUUGGGUGACCUAAUGUA